GGUUGAGCGGUUAAUUCCUUUAACUCUCUCCCCCUCUAUAUGCCCUCUCUCUCUCUCUCUCUCUCUCUCUCUCUAAGUUGCGACUUGCUGAUCGAUAACUUGAAGAAGAAGGGUGCACACGUUAACCGAAUCUCCUCCCUCUCCACUGGUGCGUACGUUAAGCCCCCCUCCCCGUUUCUGUAGAAGAAGAACGCAGAACAAGAGGAACACAGCCACAGUUCAGUCCCGUCGGCAGGUUUGCUGAACAUGUAGAGAGAGAGAGAGAGAGAGAGAGAGAAGGGGGAGAGUCGUCCGUACAGUCCCUUGACACAGAUCGGAAUUGAUGAUCCAUGUCGAAGAUGAAGCACCUCCUGAGGAAGCUCCACAUCGGCAGCGGCGGCGGCGGAGGAGCGGCCGCCCUCAGCGAGCCCCAUCGCCUCGACAUAGGCGACAGCCUCCGCCCCGUUCCAGUCCCCAGCCCUAGCCUGUCCCCUGGCCCGAUCCCUGUCCAGCCGGUCCGGAGCUCUUCGCCGACGCCGCCUGAUUCGCGCUCCGACGAAUUCAGCUUCUUCGAGGAGGAGUUCCAGGUGCAGUUGGCCCUGGCGAUCAGCGCUUCCUCCGCGGAUCACGUGGACCCCCGUGAGGACCCUGACGAGUCCGCUCAGAUCAACGCUGCCAAGCGGAUUAGCCUUGGGUGCCCUGCGGCCGAGGGCGGCGGCUGCGAUUCCGGUGCCCUCGUUGAGCUUCUGUCCCUCCGGUAUUGGAGCUACAAUGUUGUAAAUUAUGAUGAAAAAGUGAUGGAUGGAUUUUAUGAUGUGCAUGGUAUUCAAUCAAGUACGGUAGGGCAAGGAAAGAUGCCUUCAUUGGUGGAUCUUCAAGCAGUAUCCAUUUCAGCUAAUAUUGAUUAUGAAGUGAUAUUAGUAAACCGCGUAGUUGAUCCCGAGCUUCAACAGCUUGAGACGAUGGCAAUGGCAUUGUCUGUGGAGAGCCGGGCUUCAGAGUAUGGUCCUAUUGUUAGUGGCUUGGUUCAGAAAGUUGCUGAUAUGGUUGUAAAUAGGAUGGGUGGACCAGUUUUUGAUGCUGAUGAAAUGGUCAAAAGGUGGACCUUGAGAAGUUAUGAGCUCCGAAAUUCACUAAAUAGCAUUGUACUUCCUCUUGGACAACUUGAUAUUGGGCUUUCACGUCACAGGGCAUUGCUUUUUAAGGUUCUAGCUGAUAGGAUUGAUCUUCCCUGUAAGCUGGUGAAAGGGAGCUACUAUACUGGCACUGAUGAGGGAGCUGUUGACUUGAUCAGAAUUGAAAAUGGAAGUGAGUACAUCAUUGACCUGAUGGGUGCUCCUGGCACGCUUAUACCUGCUGAGGUGCCCAGCAUUUAUGUUCCAAAUCCGGAACUCGCUAUAAGGAGCUCUGCCGAGAUUUCAUCUGUGGUGCUUGAUGGAGGAAGUCAGACUCUGCUAGGGGAAACUGAUCUUGGCAUUUUCCCUCGAAUUGUUGGCUCAAAGCCAAGUGGACUACCUGCUAUUGGUCCGAAACGAGAUGAAAUGAGUUGUGCUGAGAAAAAUCAGACUGAGAGGUUUGAACAUGAGUUUGGGAAGCUUCUUCCUUCACUUCGUAUAUCACAUGAAAGUGAAUCAAGCAUUUCUGGGAAAGCAACACCUGCACAAAAGAUGAAGGUGAAAAAUGUUUCGAAGUAUGUCAUCAGUGCAGCUAGAAAUCCUGAAUUUGCGCAGAAGCUUCAUGCUGUUUUGCUGGAGAGUGGAGCCUCGCCUCCACCUGAUUUAUUUUCAGAUACAGAUGGAUCAGAUUUAAGUGAAUGCAAGGUUCCUAAGAACUUUUUGGCCAGAAAUUUUGGAGAUUAUCCAGCUCAAAGUAAUCCAGAUAAGUUCUCCAUGAGCCAUGAGCAGAACUUGUAUUAUAAUGGCAUCCAGUCAAUACAUGAUGCAAGAUAUUGUCGCGAUUCUGAAAGUUGUGCAAUUGACUUUUUGGGAAAACUCGCCAAGUUGGACACAAAUGCUUCGGGUCCUUGUUAUACUCUCUCUUCUGAAGCUAAUAGUGAGGGGUUUGUGCUUGUUAAGCGUGGAUCCAAAGAACGGAUUCAGACUGAUGCUCUGAGCUCAGUUGAUCCGUACCAAAGGCAAGUAGGUAAUGCCACAAUGAGUGGCAAUGACCACUGUCUUCAAGAAAGAGCGGAUAAUAGCACGCAAGUAUCUUGCAGUGGCGAGAAUGAGAAAUUAAACCCAGUCCUUGGUGAUGCUGCAGAAUGGGAUAUAAAAUGGGAGGAUCUGCAGAUAGGUGAACGUAUUGGUAUUGGUUCAUAUGGUGAGGUUUAUCGAGCAGACUGGAAUGGAACUGAAGUUGCUGUGAAGAAGUUCCUCGACCAAGAUGUUUCAGGAGAGGCCCUGGUCCAGUUUAAAUGUGAAGUUGAGAUAAUGUUAAGGUUAAGACACCCUAAUGUUGUGCUCUUCAUGGGAGCAGUCACACGUCCCCCUCAUUUCUCCAUAUUGACAGAGUUUCUCCCGAGGGGGAGUUUAUACAGAUUAUUACACCGUCCCAAUCCCCAGCUAGACAAAAAGAGGCGAAUGAGGAUGGCUUUUGAUGUGGCUAAGGGGAUGAACUACUUGCACACUAGCCAUCCCACGAUUGUGCAUCGAGAUCUGAAGUCUCCCAAUCUUCUCGUGGAUAAAAAUUGGGUGGUUAAGGUAUGUGAUUUUGGGCUAUCGCGCAUGAAGCACCAUACUUUCCUGUCUUCGAAGUCCACUGCUGGAACACCUGAGUGGAUGGCACCGGAAGUUCUAAGGAAUGAACCAGCCAAUGAAAAGUGUGAUGUUUAUAGCUUUGGUGUGAUAUUAUGGGAGUUGGCUACCAUGUGUAUCCCAUGGAAAGGAUUGAACCCAAUGCAGGUGGUUGGAGCUGUUGGAUUCCAAAAUAGGCGCCUCGAGAUCCCCGAAGAGGUUGAUCCGACAGUAGCACAAAUAAUACAUGAAUGCUGGGAAACGGAUCCACACCUAAGGCCUUCCUUCACCCAGCUCAUGUACCGUCUAAGGCGUCUUCAACAUCUGGUUGUGGACCCCAUUAACCCUGGAUCGGAAGCUAAAGCCUCGUAAAAAUUGAUUGAGGCGCUGUAUACCCUGUAAUAAUAGUUGGACACCAGGGUCCCCGCUCAAAGAGCUGGAGGCUGCAACCGUUUCUUCUACCUCCUUUUUUUUUUCCCCCCUCCAAGAAGGAUCCACAACUCGAAAGUCGAGUUAAUUCUUCGAUCGGAGUUGAGUGUUGGAGCUCAUUCAAAUUGGGGGCUCGGCACCGAAAAGGAAUUUGAACUCAGAACAAGGGAUGGGCAGAGACUUCCUCCAAGGGCUCUGAGGGAUUGGGAGUUCAGUCGUUUACUUGUAAGAAACUGCAGAAAAAGGAACACACAAAAAUAGAGAGAGAGAGAGAGAAGAAAGGAAAAAAAAAAAAAAGACUGAUUUUUAACUUUAAGAUGUAUUAUUAUUAUUCAUGCGGCAUCGAAUUGGGCAAGUGUAAACAUUCGACGUCCGCAUGCUUUCCUGUUCCUGUGCAAUUGAAAAAAGGGAAAAGAAAUUUGUUGAUAUUGCCUAA